AUGAGACUGAUUUUGACGAGACGAGUAGGAUAUUUCUCCGUCAAGCUUGCUGCCCUGCUGGCCACCCUGGCUAUACUCUACCUGAUCAGCAAGGGUUACCGGAAACCCGACUCCAGCAGGAAGACUUUUAAAUUUACCCAGCUGGGCUACGAUGAUGAAAACAGGCCAGAGAAGGUGUGCAACUGCCAGGCCAUCUUGGAAGGUGACAAUGAGGCGCUGGCAGAGGCCAAGCUAUUGAAUCUGGACCGGAAUUUCCGCAAACGCGUCCAAGUUCCGGAUGAAUUUUACGUGAAUGCCAGCAAAGACUGCACGCAAUUUAAGGCGAGCCGGAAGUAUCUCACAUUCCCCCUAAGCCAGGAAGAGAAAGACUUUCCGCUUGCUUACUCCAUUGUUCUCCAUCACAAAAUGCAGAGCUUCGAACGUCUUCUGCGGACAAUCUACGCUCCACAGAACAUCUACUGCAUCCACGUAGACCUGAAGGCGCCGCCUUCGUUCUUCGCGGCCGUCUCGUCCGUGGCCGCCUGCUUUCCCAACGUGUUCCUGGUCGGGCGGCGCGAGAACAUGAUCUACAACGGUUGGUCCCGAGUCCAGGCUGACCUCAACUGCAUGGCCGAACUGAAUGCCAGCAACGUGGCGUGGAAGUACUUCCUCAACGUCUGUGGCCAGGACUUCCCACUCAAGACCAACCUGGAGAUGGUGCGGGCGUUGCGGGCGCUCGACGGCGGCAACAGCCUGGGGACGAUAGCCUUCCCCAAGGAAAAGAUGUGGAGGGUGGACAAAGUUUACAAGGUGGUGAACGGACGCUGGAGAGGAAUUGGAAAGAAAAAGGGACCACCGCCCGUUCAGCUCUUUUCAGGGAACGCCUACAUAAUCGUGUCGAGGGGCUUCGUCCAAAGUGUUCUGGAGGACCAACGCAUCCGUACCCUAAUCGAUUGGGCCAAAGACACCUUCGACGCCGAGGAAACAGUGUGGGCGACCGCUCAGCGUAUACCCGGCGUGCCCGGCUCUACAUGGGCCAACAACAAGUACGACAUGACCGACCUACACGCCAUCGCCAGGCUUGUUAAGUGGGCCUGGCACGAAGGCGAUCGGUCAUCCAAAAAUGCCGCGUAUCCGCCGUGCCAAGGCGUCCACGUGAGAGACAUUUGCGUGUACGGGGCAGGCGAUCUUCAAUGGCUGUUGACACACCGGCAUCUCUUUGCGAACAAGUUUGACAUAAACACGGACCCCGUCGCCAUCUACUGUCUGGAAAAUUACCUCCGACAAAGAGUGCUGGAACAGCUACUGGAAGUAAAAUGA